CCGCGCGCGUUCGUGUACGAAGGAUUCUUGACGGAUGAGGAGUGUGACCACAUACUCGCGCUAUCGAAAGGGCACUUACACAAGUCAGGCGUUGUGGACGCCAAGACGGGCGGAUCCACCACGAGCGACAUUCGCACGUCGACGGGGACGUUCAUCAGUCGCGCGCAUGACCCCACGAUCACCGCGAUCGAAGAGCGCAUCGAACUGUGGUCGCAAAUUCCAGUCGAUCACGGUGAGGCCCUUCAGGUGUUGCGCUACGAAAACGGCCAGGAAUAUAAGGCACACUUCGAUUACUUCUUUCACAAGGGAGGCAAGCGGAACAAUCGCAUCGCCACGGUUUUGCUCUACCUCUCCGACGUCGAGGAGGGUGGGGAGACCGUGUUUCCGAACACUGACGUCCCGACAGAUCGCGACAGAUCGCAAUACUCAGAGUGUGGCAACGGUGGUAAGAGCGUCAAAGCGCGCAAGGGCGACGCGUUGUUGUUUUGGAGCAUGAAGCCGGGCGGCGAGCUCGAUCCCGGGAGCUCGCACGCCGGGUGCCCCGUGAUCAAAGGCGUGAAGUGGACGGCGACGAAAUGGAUGCACGUCAACGCGAUCGGAAAACAUGGCGAUGACGUGCACAAGAUUUUUUACGAAGGCGGACCGCAGGCGACGGAAUCGUGCAAAGACACGGACGACGCGUGUCGAGGAUGGGCUGAAUCGGGCGAGUGCGACAAAAAUCCCGGCUUCAUGCUCAAGUCGUGCGCGAUGUCGUGCCGCGCGUGU